UCUAUGGACCUAUCAAAAUAGCGUUACCUACUUAGCGUUGCGUUUUCCCUCCUUCUUCUUUUACCAACAAGCCAACAAGCAAAUUGUGGCAUAUUGCCGAAGUUAAAAGUGUGUCGAGUUAAAGUUGGAUAUAAUCUACCAUUAUUGUUUACUAUCCGAAAUUUAGGAUGCGUAAAGUUUCUAAAAAUCGUGCUGACGAUGAUGUCGUUUCAUCUACCAAUGGGUCUGGAUCCGUGGCCAACGAAGAACGCCAAGAUGCCGAUCAACCCGAGGAUCAGAAUGAUCGAGAGGACGAUGAAAAAAGCGCCGACGAAGCAGACGACAAAUCGGAUGAAGAUUUUGUAGAAUCACGUAAAAAGAGUAAAAGUAAGGCCUCAAAGAAAAAAAAAUCCGAUAGAAAAAGUAGCAAGAAAGAUGAAGAAGAUCAGGAAGAAGAAUAUGAGGUGGAGAAAAUCAUUGAUUCAAAGAGAAUCAAAGGAAAACUGCAUUAUUUGAUUCGUUGGAAGGGAUAUUCUUCAAGCAAUGAUACUUGGGAACCACAGAAUACUUUGUCAUGCCCUGAGUUGAUCAGCAAAUUUAAUGAAGAAAAGGAGAACUCUAAAAAUAGUUCACCCAAAAAGGGUACCAAAAGGAAAGGGAGCAAGAAAGCAAGUAAAUCCCAAUCCCCUGCUAAGAAACCAAAAACUGUCUGGGAUGAAAAGAAUGUUGAUGAAAAUGCUGAGUAUGAGGUGGAAAGAAUCCUUGAAGUUCACCACAAAAAGAAUGGUGAUCGCUCCUUCCUCAUCCAUUGGAAAGGAUGGUCUAACAAAUUUGAUUCAUGGGAACCAGAAAGCAAUUUAAACUGUCCAGAAUUAAUUAAGAGAUUCAUGGACAAGGUUGAUGUGGCUCGCUCCAAAGACGCGCGCAGCCUCCGAGUGGCUCCGGAAAGCACUCUUCGUUUCACUCUUCAAGACCCAUCGUCUGGUCGCCGACUGAGCAAGCGCAGGGGGCAACGCCAGCGUGUAAGAUACGACAAUGCAGAGUAAUAACGUUUUUUUUUUAAAUCAGGGAUUUUAUUUUAUUUGAUGCAUAUUGCAUUAGGCAUGUAUUUGUGUCUCAUUUUUCGUGUGUAUGAAUGUUAAAAAAAAACUGGAUGUGUUUAAAUAUUACAUAGGAUUAAUUAAUAUAGUUAACUUACAUAGUAUGUUAUUCAAUUGAAUAUUAAUAAAAAUAACAUUUAUUGAACAGAGUUGAGAUGUAUUGUGCAAUGAUGAUGUUUGUGUCCAUUAAUUUCUUUGCGAGCUUAGAUCUUGUGUGUGUAUAUAGUGUCUUUAUGUGACCUUUUAGAUUCUGGUUAAAUAAAUGUUUAGGAAAAUUUAUUCAAUUUGAUUUAAUACAUAUCUGCUUUAGUGUUUCUACUCUCGCAAGGCAGUUUCUAUUUGGAUAUAUUCGUAGUCUCAGACCAUUUAUGAGUGUAUAGGACCAAUUAUCGCAUCCAAAUUCACUAACAAAAUUAUCUGUCAUUUUCUGAGGAAAACAAGCUUAGUUUUGGUAUAUAUCUUAAACUAAACAAGAGGCUUUUGCAUGUUUUUUACUUUUAGAGAGCUCUAUUAUGAUAAAAAAAAAAUAAACUGUCUAUAGAGAACAGUUUAUUUUUUUUUUUAUCAUAAUAGAUUGUUGAUCAUAUACUUUGACAGAAAAUAUUAGAUAAAUAUGAAUAAGAUGAUACAGUAAUUGGUCUAAGCUCGUAGUAGCUUCUGUAGGUGUACACCUACAGAAGUGGACAGCCAAUGUAAAAACAAUGAAAACAAGUUUGUAUGUCUCGACGGCCUCCGUGGCGCGGUGGACUUACAAGACCAGGACGUUAGGACGUGCUGGGUUCGAUCCUCUGGCUAGUGGGAUGCUUCGGCCGUGGCUAGUUACCAUCCUACCGACAAGGACGUACCGCCAAGCGAUUUAGCGUUCCGGUACGAUGUCGUGUAGAAACCGAAAGGUGUGGAUUUUCAUCCUACUGCUAACAAGUUAGCCUGCUUCCAUCUAAGAUUGCAUCAUCACUUACCACCAGGUGAGACUGAAGUCAAGGGCUAACUUGUAAACAAUAAUAUAAAGAAAAUAAUGAAAAAUGUAAUGUAUAGACAAUGCAAGACAUUAUUAAUUUAUAGUCUACUUGUGAAAGUGGUUCAUAAGCAUUUCUCCAUGAUGUUUUUUUCUUUUUCAAAAUCAUUAUUUUUUAUCACAUUACCUCUGUAUCACAUAAAGAUAUGCGUCCAUAUAUCCGCAUCGCAAGUACCGAGAUGCAUCGCAUCAAACGGAUUUCUAUUUUCUUCGGUUUCUCAAUUCGACCGUAUAUAUAUAUUUUUUUACGGUAGAUUCGUGCGAUCAGUGGACGCACUUGUAUGACUUUAUACAAAGAGUACUACGAUCCGUUUGAUACGAUGCGUCCGAUACUUAAGAUUCGAAUAUGUGGACGCUUACCAUUAAUUUAAAGACACAUUUCAGCUCUAACAGGUGUCAAUAUAGGCAAACUAUUUUUCGGGAGUAGGAAAAAAAUAAACUUAUUUUAAAUUUUACCCUAGCAGAAACAUGUAAGAUUCAUGUAUCCACUUUAGGGUUCUUUACUAUAAUCAGAACUAUUUACAUUAAGCUAUAAAACACGGUACAAUUCAUUAGCAAAGAAAUAUCUUUUGAAGUAGAGUUAUUAUAAUUUUAAUAUUAUAAUAAUGUAUAAAAAAUAAUGCGGAAAUAUAAAUGCUAUGAAGCAAAAUAUCAUGUCGCAUUUUUUUCGUUUCUUUUGAUUAGGUAUGUAUAAUAUAAAUAUGCAUGUAAUCUAAGCGCAAUAUGAGUUUUUAUUUUCUUUUAUACUUCUAUUUACAUUAAGAAAUAUAUACGUUAAUGAGCUUCCAAUUGAGUUCUUUUUUAACCAACUUCCAAAAAGGAAGAGGUUCUACGUUCGGCUGUAUGUAUGUUUUUUGAUGAGUAUGGUAUUGGGUUCUAGUACUUUUGAGCUAUAAGCAUAUAUUUUAUUGAUAUAACACAGCAGAGAAAAACGUGCUGAUGAUUUUAAGUUCUGAUAAAUGGCUAUUGUGCUCUAUCAUUAAAACCAAAGGUUAAUGAGAAUUCCUAUUUAAAAAAAAAACAUUAUUUGUCACAUGAGAAAAAUAAUAAAAAUUUGACUUGCCCCACAAUAUUUUUACAGAAAUACACAAAUAAUUGCUUCUCUUUUCUUUUGCAUAGUUUGCAUUGUAAAAAUUUAAAACCUUAAUCACUAUAAUAAUUAAUAAUGUGACACAUACAUAGCUUUCAAUAAUAUUUUUAGAAAUCAUAAUUAACAAUAAGCAUUAGUAAAUUAGGAGUGGUGACAUAAUAUGUAUGUUACUAUAAAAUAAUAGUAAAUUAUGAAACACAUAGACUUUUUUUAAACUCAAGUGCAUUUUAAAAACCGAACAGAGAUGAGUUUGAAAAACCAAGUUAUGAACCGUUUCAUAGUCUACUUUAUCUAAUCUCAUGUCAAUAAAACCUUUGAGCAAAAAGAAUAUAAUUAAAACGUAAUCAAAGUGACAAAAAAAAUUGAAAUUCUUAAUCUGUGCAUCAUGCUAUCAGGAAUAGAGUUGCAUUUAUGUGCACCAUGGUAGUUUCUUAAGCUUUUUUAAAGAGUACAUUGUAUACCAAUAAAAAAAAUUUAAAAAAAUUUGAAAAAUCAUGAAAUGAGAUUCCAGAGCUAUGCUUGAUUGUAAUAGUAAAUGGUUCUUGUGAGGGAAGCUGUGCUAUAGUAAUUUAAUUUUAAUAAUGUCAUUAAGACACAUAUUUUAAUUUAAUAAUAGAAGUUUUAUGAUAUGAGAGUAGAUAACUAAUUAAAUAUUCUAUUGAAAUUCGUUAUUAAUAGAUAAAAGAAUAAUAAUUUUAUUUGUCUUUGGUAUUCUAUUUUGUGUUUUAUGUACGUAGUUUAUAAAUACAUUUAUUAUGUAUAAAAUGAAGGUUUUUAUGUUUGUACCAUAAAGCAUUCUAAAGUCAUCCAAUUAUAUCUGGUAACCGGUUAUUAGUUAUCAUCAAGUAUAGCGGCAAACAAGCUGACAGUCAAAAUAAAAAUGUCUUGACCUCUGUAUCAGUAAUGUAAUUAAAAGUCAAUAUGAAAUUAAUUAAAUUUGAACACUAUUAUAAUAACUAGCGGACGCCCGCGACUUCGUCCGCGUGAAAUUUAGUUUUUCACAAAUCUCACGGGAACCAUAAAUUUUUUCGGGAUGAAAAGUAGCCUAUGUGUUAAUCCAGUAAAAUCUAUUUCUAUUCCAAAUUUCAGCUAAAUCGGUUUUGUACAUCCAAAUAUUAUGUCACCUUACAAACACAAACUUACCUAUAUUAGUAUAGAUGAUGUUUGUUCAGUGUUUCAAAAGUAAUUGGUUUCCUGGAUCUGUGAUCGCCCAGACCACUGUUACUAGUGUAAGGCUGCUGUAGGGGGGGGGGGGGGCUUAACUGCAUAAAAGGACAUGAUCCUGACUCCUAAUAUAUUAAAAAGUUAUUGAGAACAAAUUGGAAUUGUUUUCAAAAUAUGUUGUCCAAAAGAUGAGAAGAAUGGAAACAAAACUAGUAAAUUUAUUGAGAAAACUUAAUCAACAUUGUCCUAGUAUGCGGUCUAUAGUUGGGAAAAAACAAAUCGGUAAAUUUAUGCAAAAAGCUUAUCACCAGUGUCCUAAUGUUGGGACAGCUUUUAUAGCUAACCCCUCUCGGCCUUGAUGGCCCGACUUCUCAGUUGAUAACGCGAUUACUGUAUAAUAUGUGUGCCGUAUAAAUGUAUUCAACUGUAUUUACAUGAUUGGUUAUUAAAUAUCCAAAGACGCGGACGCCCAAACAUACAAACUUUCACAUUUAUAAUAUUUGUAUAAAAUUUCUUUAUGUUUUCUUUUCUGUAUCAAGUAUACUGUAGUGUAUGGGUAAGAUUAAAUAGUUUAUCUA